AUGGACUCCACAUCAGCUGCUGAUAACAUAAGGGAAGAUGCUGUGAGCAAGGUUUUGGGAAAAGACAAACCUGGACGAGUAAGGGGCUUUGGUAGAGGGAUUACAGCUAAUAAGCUAGCAUAUCUGCAAUUUAGAGACGCUAAGAUUGCAGAAAUGAAAAGUGAGAUUGAAGAGUUAAAGGGGAUGGUGCGAGAAUUAGCUGAGAAGAAGAAAAGUAAUGUUGAUGCUGAAACAUCUGAGAGUAGUGGUGGAUUCAAAGAAGGAGUCAGAGUACAAAUACUGGAUUGGAUUGAAUCAGAGGAUGUUGUUGUUGGUGAAGGAGAAUUCUGCUCUGCUGAACCGAAGUACAAAAUUGGUCGUAUACCAAUUGGUCCUAAUGCAGUGGCUAUCGUAGUUAAGUAUGCACUAAGCGCAUCAGCUUCACUCUGGAGGCCUACUACGGAUGUGUUAACUCUUGAUGAAGCUGUGGGAUACAAGAUAUCUUGGCCAAUGGAUAAAGUGAUUUUGGAUAAGGAUCCAAACUGUUCUGAAGAUUUAUCUAUGCAAAGCAAGGAAGGUGAAUAUCGAAGAUGCAAGAUAUAUGAUUGGACCAAUGAUGAGGACGAGGUCAUUGCUGAAGGUCUCGUGUGCUCUUCAAAAUCCAAAGACAUGGUUAACAACAUACCUCUGGGUCCCAAUGCUGUUAGUGUCGAAGUAGUGAAGGUGUUCAAUGAUCAAGCAUAUUUGUGGAGGCCAACCGCUGAUAUGUUCUUGAUUGGUGAUGCACUUAGCGAGAAAAUAGCAUGGCCAGUCCUAAAGGUUGAAGUCAUGCCUACACCCGCUACAGAAGUAACACCAACUAAAUGUGCAGGGAAGAAAAUAGCAUCACCUUCGAAGCCAGCCAAGAAAAAAGCAGUGAGUCCAGGCAGCACUAGUUCGACCAGAAGUCCGAAGCAGAAGUGCACUCUCUUGGAUUGCAACAACUCUGGACGUAAGGUAGCUGAAGGAAGGGUAGCUUCAACGGAUCCGAAUGAGUUGUGCCACUUUGUACCCCUAGGUCCAAAUGCAAGCAAGGUGUGGAUUGAUGUGGCUAAGAUCGGUGAUGCAAAAGUCUGGAGGCCAAAUUCAGAGAUUGAAUACAUAUCUGAUGCAAUGGGUUCGGUUGUGGCAUGGCCAAAUGACAAAAUCAAGUUUGUCUAAAAUUGUCGUCUGAAACAUUUUUCAAGUUGGUUCUCAUCGGCUAUGUAUUUCUAGUGUGUGAUCGAAUGUUUAGGUACUUUUUUACUCGGUUGAAAUCAUGUAUGAUAUUAUGUAACAGUUAGCAGACAAAAAAACAAAAAUUAUGUGUUAUAUUAUGAUAUAAGGUUAUGUGUGAAAAUGUUUAGCUUGUUAACCCCUAUACCCUUAAGUGCAUAAUUUUACAUUAAACCAUAAGCUUUAAAAAUUAAAUCCACAGACGGGAAGACCAAAAAUUAAAAUC